AGAUAGAACGAUGAGAGCCAGCAUAGGAAUAUCAUACAAAUUACAAAUAUCAGUAAGGGUGUUUCAGGCAUAUCAUACAAUAUAAACCUGACCGCUGAGUAUGCUUUGCUUUACUUUCAGUUUGUCUGUUGGAUUCAAAAACCAGAAUCGGCGCGAUGGGGACGAAGCAAAGGGACUUGCACAAGUCCUUCAACCUCGCCAUACGUUCUCUCCUCUCUCCUUGCUCCUUCCAGGACUUCUGGGAAGCUCUUCCCAAUUUCACGACUGCUGAGCAUGAACGUCUUCACAGGCUCUUCACUCAGGUCCUGAGUUCUUUACAUGCAAAUAUAGAGGAAGAGUUUCAGUCUAUAUGUCUUGAAACACAGGUUGGAACUGCAAUGGAUACUGUAGAAAGAAUGGUUGAAGAACAAAGUCUGGAUCCUUUAUAUUCAAAUAAGACUAAUGUAAUGGAUGCUGCUCACAAUCUUUCGGGAACAACAAAGACGGAGAUCCAGUAUUUGACAAAGAUGCUUGAAAAGGCGGAGGCAGAGAAUCACCUUAAGCGGGAUCGUAUUGAAUUGAUAAAGAAAGGAAGGCCGGAUAUGUCGAACAUGGCAAAUGCUGUUGAGAAGAUGAGAAGUGGGAUUUCAAGUUAUGGAAUGUCUCGCAGCAAUGGGGUCCAUAGUCCGUGAUCGAUGACUACAAUCGGCAUAUUGAGGAAACUGCUCUGGUUAGUAGCCCAUGUGCUUUUGAUUUCAAACAUUAGAUCUUUGUUUGCCAUGUGCUUCCAUAAAAUUAGAAUGCUCAAGUUGUAAUUGUAAUAGAGGUUCUAGUAUAGGUCGAAAAUGCAGAUGUAAAAUCUUGUAUGUUAGCUUUUUGUUUUUUCUUGGCUGACAUGCAAGUUUGUUGUAAUUGCCUGAAUGUUUUAUGCUCUUCGUUCUGCAAGAUGUGUAGCUAAUACUGUAUGUCAUAUUGUUCUAUGUUA